UAUGUGAGUUCGAUUUGUAUAUUAAAUAAACACAAACUACAUUUCACGUAUUGUAUAUUAAACAAAUGCAUUUGCAUGUGCACGAACGAUGGCGAGGUGCUGAUACACACGUGGAGCCUCUGCAGCAUUUUGGAUGAGCGUGGAUGUGAUUUCGUCGUUUUACAUCAAACUGCACCAAUUGCAUAAUCGGUCGGGAUCGUUCGAAGUAUCGCUGGCUGUUUAACGGUUCUAAAGCAAACAUCACGAAUCAGACGGUUGAUGAAAUUCUCAUCUUAAUAAUGCGGCUGGGCAAUCUCUACGUUUAUGAUUUUGAUGUGCUCGAUUUGACGGAUAAUAAUCAUGAUGUGGAAUUAGAUAAACUUUUAACAAUUUAUUAUAACGGGACUUACGAUGUCACUGAAAUAAUGAAAACUCUGACUCCGCAAUGUUCGAUGAUGCUAUUGAAAUGUAAGCUGCAUGGGAAGUAUACAAAUUGUUCGACGCUUUUUAAAUUUCGCAAGACGCCGGACGGAUACUGUUGCACCUUCAAUUACGUGCGUGAAAGCGACGACAUUCCCGAACAGAACGAUGAGACUGAGUUAAGUAAGUCGGAGCAAGUGUGGGAUCUCGGAAUAGAACGCGGUUUAACAGUUGUUAUGGAUCCACUUUUAGAUGACUAUUUCUAUUCAAUAUUGCCCAUUAAGGGUUGGAAGGCAAGUGGAAACGACAUUACGUACUAUUUUAAUAAAUUAAGAAAGCAAAACAGUGCUUUCUAA